GGCUAGUGUGGUAUUAAUCAUGUGUUACUUUUUUUUUCUUCUCCUGGACUGCACUGCAACAGUUGAACAAUAAGUGGCAGGAGCCCAAGGCCUUGCACUGACUUUCAGUUUCUGAAAAGCUCACGAAAUGCUGUGGAUGCAGACUGACUCUCUUUGCCCCUGGGGCCAGAUCCACAGCUGGGGCACCAACUACCUUGCUGGCAGGACCUGAGUCCUAUCCAAGCAUCAGCUGGAAUUGUUAUCUUCUCAUUGUGACUGUUUCAGCAUCACUUUGGAUUUAGAUUUCAUUUUUCACCUGUGUAUCAGGAGAUACUUGUUGCAUCCUCUUCUGAGCUUAACUGUCCAUAAGGAGAAAUCCAAAGCAAUCAGUGCAGCAGGACUUAAAUUGUUACUGGUAUCAAGGGACAACUGUUUAUAGGAAGCUCUACUGGAACAGUGAAUUGGAAGCUAUUCAACCUGUCCCAGCCCCAGCUGGGAGAGUUUAGGGAAGAUGGCGAGCCAGAGGGGAUAUGCCCACUGGGAGGGAGAGGAAGAAGAGGAUGGGAUGGCUGUUGAUGCCUCCCCUUCCCAUCCCUUGAGUGAAGCAGAAGAUGUUCAGGUGGAGAUGCUGGAGAAGGCUAGGGAGCUUUUCCAGCUGUGUGAUAAGGAGGGGAAAGGCUUCAUCACCAAGUUGGACAUGCAGCGGCUCCAGAGCGAACUCCCUUUGACCCAUGAACAACUGGAAGCAGUUUUUGAAAGCCUAGAGCAAAACAAUAACGGGUAUCUGACACCUGUUGAAUUCAGCAUGGGAUUAGGGAAGUUAAUAGGGAUCGAUCUGUUCCAAGGAUCUGGGAGUACAGAUCACUCAAGACAUGAGGAGACCUUUGAGUCAGGAUGGUCAGAUGACCUGGAUCAGACAGAGGAUGAAGAAGAGAAACGAUUUUGUUCAAUGUUGGAGCAACUUGGAUCAGCCCAGGUCUUGGAAGAUCAGAGUGAGGUUCGGGAGCUGUGGGCUCGGCUCCGGAAGGAACGACCAGAGCUCUUGGCCAAUUUUGAGGAGUUCCUGUUCCGUGUCUCCUCGUACAUCAGGGAGGUGAAUCAGGAGAGGGAAUCGAUGGAGCAGGCACUGAAAAGGAAGGAGACAGAUCAUGACAGAGAAGUCAGGUGCCUUUAUGAAGAAAUGGAGCAGCAGAUCAAAGUAGAAAGGGAGAGACUGCUCUGUCAGGAGUCACUGAGGCAUGAAAAGAGCAGCCUGCUGCAGAAAGAGCUGCGCAGCAAGGAGCAGGAACUGGAGAAAAUCCUCUACCGGCAGAAAAAGCUAGAACACCAGCUGCAGUCACUGAACUCGGAGCAACUGGAGACCCGAGUGCAGAAUGAGCGGCUCAGACACCUGAAUGAAAGCCUUCUGGAGCAACUGGAGAAAAAUAAGUGGGAGCUGGAGGUAGCCAGGGGCCAUUUGCAGAGGCUUCAGAAAAAGUCACAGAUGGAACAGGAGGAGAAGGACAGGGAUGUAUUUAGAGUCUCUAAGAACAUGCAGAAAGAAAAACAAAGCCUCCUGAGACAGCUGGAGCUCCUCAGAGAGAUGAACAAGAAGCUUCGAGAUGAGAGAGAUGCCUUUGAAGCCAAGAAGCUGGCACCUCAGAGCAAAAAGCUCCUGUUGAAGAAAGGGUCAGUGGUAGGAAAAUACCUCCCGGAGGACAAGCCAGUCAAACGGCUGCUUGUUUCUGGGGAUGUUUCUUCUGCCUUCCCUGAGGAAAUGACCAUGGAAGAGCCUAACAGGAAGAACUGUAAAUACUUCCUGGGCACCAGAUUGAAGAAGGUGAAAGGAGGUACCGCAAGCUACGUGGAGAGCAGCAUCUCUGGCAGAGAGAGAGAGAGGCAGCAAAUGGCAGGGGACAUGGGGAAGCCAAGGAUGGUUCUGAAAAGCAGCUGUAGAAAAACGACAGAUGAAUUAGACAGUACUCCACUACCUCCCAGAGGGCAACCCGCUGGCACGGAAACCAUGGCACAGGAUCCAGCUGGCUUCUCCCCAGAUCGUAUCUUCAAGGUGGUGUUCGUGGGGAACUCGGGCGUUGGCAAGAGCUCCUUUAUCCAUCGUUUUUGCUAUGACAGGUCCUUGGCAGAGAUCAGUGCAACCAUUGGUAUCGACUACCAAGUGAAGAGUUUAAUGGUAGAUAAUGCACGAGUUGCCUUGCAGCUGUGGGACACAGCAGGGCAGGAGAGAUUUCGGAGCAUUACAAAGCAGUAUUUCCGAAAGGCGGAUGGCAUCUUGGUGAUGUAUGAUGUCACUGCUGAGUGCAGCUUCACAGCAGUGCGGAACUGGAUGAGUAAUAUUCAGGAAGGGAUUGAGGAUGGAGCUGUGAUCUUUCUGCUAGGAAACAAAGUGGAUGCAGUAGAACAAGAGACCCACGAUGUGCCUAAGCUGGAGGGCGAGAGGCUGGCAAAGGAAUACAAGGCUGUCUUCUAUGAGUGCAGCGCCAUGACUGGCUACAACAUUGCAGAGCCCAUGCUGCAUAUGGCAAGAUUGCUGACGGCACAAGAGGACAAGCAGCGAGAGAGUGCCCUGCACCUGAAUGUUUACAGCAAGAGGAAAGGCUGCUGCAUGUGACCGCAUAAAGACCAUUCUCUGGCAACAGUUCUCAUGGGGGCAUUCGUGACAGCAACAUGCGGAUGGGAGGAAGUUCCAGGUUCUUUCCAGCAGAGAGCACCAAGGCAUUAAAACAGAACAACAGAGUGUGUGUGCAAUAGAGGAACAUUACCAUCCACGUGCUCUCCUCCAGCCCUGUCACUCCUCCCCCCUGCCCACCAAGGGUGCAUGGCCAGCAGUGGCUUAGGAUUACAGCACUGGCAGCAUAGAAGCUGGUUCUCUAUGCUCUGGCAGCUCUCCUGUAAGACUGAGAGUCAGGCUUCCUGAGCAUAGACAGAACCAUGUGGCUGGGUACCUGGGGCAGCUGCCACAUACAGGGACAGCACCUGGGGUGGCUGGCCUCAUUGCCCCACUCUAGUUGUGCCACUGUCCCUACGUGUCCCAGCUACCAGGGGUGAGGAGGAAAUACACGUAGACAAGUGAAGGGCACUGGUAAAUAUUCUGUUUUAAAUAAACUAAAGGCAAGUCUAACUGUGUAAUAAUAAAUAAAGGAUU